UUCGCCGGCGCUUCUUCCCAUUUAAAUUUUUUCGUCCGCGGCAGCGAAUCGCGCCAUUUAUUUUCAUUUAUCUUCUUAAACUGUAUGUUUCUAGGUUAAAUUCCGUAAUUGGAAAGGUUGCGUGCGGUUGGGUGACGUCAUCAGCAUGCGACCGAAGCUGCGUGGGUUUGGGGCCUCGGGAAUCUGUGGCUCUGUAGCUGAAGCUGUGACCCCAUGAGCGGCAACCACAGAGUUUGGUUCAGCCCCACCAUCCUGAUCAACGGAAACCUCGUGCGGGGAGGGGCCGGCUGGUCAAUGGACCGGCAGCUGGGCCUGACUAAAGUGGCCAUGAACAGGUCAAGGCUGCGGGCCGCGGAGGUGUUUGUAGAGAGGCAUAAGAUGGAGUCUUUAACUGCGCCAUUGGCUUUGGGGAUUUUGACCGGAGUUGGAUGUGGAUUGUGCCUGGGUUGGAUGGUACGAGGACGAUUUGUCAGAUCCCUAAAAACUCUGCCACAUGUGCAAAACGCAGGGAUGGAGACGAGCACCAUGGGGGAGGGUGGGGAGUACAAGAUGGUUUUGGUAGUCCGUAAUGACCUGAAGAUGGGGAAGGGUAAAGUAGCGGCUCAGUGUUCACAUGCAGCUGUCUCUGCAUACAGGCAAAUCCAAAAACGGAAUCCAGAUCUGCUCAGGCAGUGGGAGUAUUGCGGGCAGCCCAAAGUGGUUGUCAAAGCGCCAGAUGAGGACUGCAUUAUUGACCUGUUGACACAUGCAAAGGAACUUGGGCUGACUGUGAGUUUGAUCCAGGAUGCUGGUCGUACACAGAUAGCACCAGGGUCACGCACCGUUCUUGGCAUUGGACCAGGCUUAGGAAAAUUAGUGGACAAAGUUACAGGACAUUUGAAACUUUAUUGAAUUAUUGGUGCUACAAUCAAGUGGGCAGUUAAAAGGACAUCCAAGUCUCAAACCUGCAGUGUUCUUGACAGUCAGUGCAUCCCAACCCAUUGACUCCACAAUCUUGUUUUUAAGUCAAUCCAUAGUGAAACAAUGUUAUGUGAUACUCUGUAUUUCUUCUUAUGUUAACAAGACUGGAGUGAAUGGAGGUGGCAGAGGAGGUAUUCCUGAUUGUCAUUAGCAGUAGCUCACUCUAUCAACAAAAAUGGAGCACAUGCAGAGUGCUGGUGAUAUCCAAACGUGCAGAGGUUCCGGUGGGGUUUCUAAUUGAAAACCUUCACCUGACUGGGGGUAACUGAGUAAGUGCUGACAAGUGGAAGUAGACCCCUCAACCGAGCUUCUGAGCCCUAAGUAUUUUGCUAAGGAACAUUAAUAAUGUAUCGGCAUCAGCAAAGCUCUAAAUUGAGGGCUGUUUCUUGCCUCUUCCUCCCCUUUCAAACUUUUUACCAUGGGAAAGAUACCAUGAUGAUGUAUGUAAUAUUCCUAGAAAUAUGCAAGUUCCAAAAUGAAUUAAAACCAGCCUUGUAAGGUUGAUCAAUGGGAUGUACUGAAUAUCUAAUAUUUUCUGUUGAGACUACUGAUCCUCCUCAAUUAAAGAAAAAAUCUGCACAUCUUUCCUAAUCAGAACCCAGUCUGAUAAAACACCACAGACUCAGAUAGCACACCGUUAAUUAAUGCAAAUUCUGGCAACUUAUCUGUGUUUGGCUGUUUUUAUUUUUUGGGGGGGAAAAAAAUCUGCUCACCACGACUGCCUUCAUUCAUAUUAAAGAAUCACAACCUCACAAACUA